AUGGAGUCUACAUCCUAAAAUUAAGCGACAGAGAACUCAGCAACUACAAAUCAAGCCACAGAGAAAUCUCUCUAUAUAUAAGGAGUUGAAAGUCUUAGAGAAGCUGCAUCCAUUCUAGUAUGCAACUGGACAGAUCUAAAUUACGCUAUUGAACAGGGUUUAAACAACAAAAAUCGUAAGCUGAAUUUAGAAGAUGAGAAGGAGAUAGAAGCACUUAAGGAAUUAGUUAACUAUUUGAAGAGCGAAAGAAAGAGUGAUAUGGCUUUGAGAAAUGAACUUAUCUAGAAUAUGGUAGAUUUGUGCUUGGCAUAGGAUGUCGAGUUAGAGGACUUUGAAGACUGUAUAUUAGACUUUAUGGAGAUUAAUUUUAGCAUGAUGAUUGAAGACAAUUCUGCCAAAGAGAUCGGUGCAGCUAUGAUGAAAAUUAGAAGAGAAUUAUUUACCAGUGCGUAAAAUAAGCAAGUACUGGAGUCUGAUGAGUUGUAAAAGCUUAGAGAGUUCAAUGAAUAGAAGAAUCUGGCUAAAAAAAGGAAAUAGGAAAAAGAAGCUUAAGAAAGGCUAGAGGUUGGAGAAGAUGAUAUGGAUGAGGAAGAGGAAACGGAAUAGAAAGAAGAAAAACCUAAAUAAACUGGGCCAGUAUUUGAUGAUGAUGGAUUUGAAGUCGUAACAACCGAAAAGAAAGGCAGAAGGAGAUGA